AUGGAAGAUUAUAAUCGUGGUGCAUUAGAGUAUGCGCUGCCAUGGCCAAUCAUACAACGUAUAUUUAUAUUGGCAUCACAAUACAAUAGUAUAUGUACAUGUGUAAUCAGUGAUGCUUUGAAAGGGUGUAUUUAUACUAGAUAUCAAGCAAUCUGGCAGAAUAGAGAUAAAAGUCAACAAAGUCAAUAUGAAUUGCAUACAGACAUGUUGCUUCAUAGAGAUAUGACACAACAUGCUCUCACAAGAGACCAAAUGUGUACUCUUCAUCAAUUCAAUCUCGAUCAUGGUGGACGUGGACCAAACUAUGUGCUCCAAUCAGAUCAUCAAGUAACAAGAGAAAGUUAUAGAUGGGUACGUAGAAUGGCACUGUUAUCCAAACGUAUAUUUGCCUUUGUUUCAACAACACUUGUCACCGAUGUUACGUUAGAUCUGUCAGAGGAUACUUGGAGACAUAUCAACAACUGUCAUUGUGUCAUUAAAAAUCCAAAGACAUUGACACUUGUAUCUCCAUCUCCAUCUCCUACAUCUCCUCCUCCUCCACCACCAGACACCCAACCCUUCUCUUUAACAUCGUCAUCAUCUUCCACCUCUCAACAUGAUGAACACCUUUUUGACAAUGUUGAAAAGAUUCAUAUCAACGAAUCACAAUUUGUUAACAAUGCUUCAACUAUCAAUACAUUAAUCAACAAAACACCUAAACUUGUAUCGAUCAGUUUUAAUUGUGAAAUUCCAAAGCCAACAGUGAUAGAUCUUUUCAAAGGACCACUGCAACACAUUCGAUCACUCAACUUUCAAAAUGCUUAUGUUGAAGAUCCAGAUAAUCCUCGGUGGAUAUGCGGGGGUGGACGUAGAGCAGAACCAUUCACGAUUGGAAGUAUGAUUCAACCAUCAAUGUCAUCGACACUCACAAAGAUUCUACUUCCAGACCACUUUAAUUGGAACACACUCUCCAACGAGGUCAAACAACAUCUACAAGUUAUCUCUCUCUUGUAUUAUAAUUCGAAAGAUACCAAUGUCCAUUUAAAAGUGCUAGAUUUUCCCAACCUUCGACACGUCCACAUCAAAAACGAUGCCUAUGGUCGAGCAUUAGGGUCACUUAUUCCAGGACAAGUAAAGAAAGUAACAUGCCUUGAAAAUCAAUCGAUCGGUGGUCUAUCAAUACUUUCCAAUAUCAAAACAAUAAGAGUUCACAAUAGAGACGAAAUAUCCAACAUAGUCGGUCUUUGCAAAACACCAGCCAACAAGAUUAUAAUAUUCUCAAAAGUAGAUAUUUGUGAAAAGAAUAUUAAGGAUUUCAAUAAUAGUGGAUUUAAUUAUUUUGGAGCAACAUUCAAAGCAUCAUCAAACACAAAGAAAUUCGUAUUUAUUAAAAAUGACAACAAUCUACCUCUGUCAAAUAUUAAACAAUUAGAUCAACCAUCAAUUUCAACCAUCCCUACAUCCACUUCAUCUCCUCCAUCCUCUUCUUCAUCCCCUUCUUCAUCCUCAUCUCCUUCAUCCUCUUCUUCUUGUUCAAAUCCAAUUUUACCAACAAUAAUAAUUCAUAAAAUAAUUGAAUGA